UUUCGGCAAACUCAACGUCGUAUUAUGUAAACUCGGAGCAUUCGAUCGUUCACGGCUCUAUGCGACGGUACACUCGUAAAUUUUGAUUCUACAGUUCAAAGCUAAACAAGAAGUUUCGCAUCAUGUUCGCGAGUACUUGUCUCGACGUUCCCACGAGGAUCGACGUCGUGCCCAUGCUGAUCGACGAGCAGCAGCAGCCGAGAAAAAGAAACAUGUCCGCGUCGUCGGUCGAGUCGGCCCUGCUCGAGCCGAAAAAGCAGAAGAGACUGCCAGAGGACCAGCUGUGCAGCCGAGGGGACCUGCAGUCGGCGUUCCUCGCGGCUUACACGCAGUCGAGACCCUGGUUCAAAAGCGACUACGCGCCACAACAACAACAACAACAACGAGACGAUCGUCGAUCGUUCAACAAUUGCAUAAGGCCGAUUCCGCCCGCUUACGAGCUGACCUCCUGUACUCCGGUGGAAUUCAUACAGCAUCGCGACAAGAGGUUCAAAAAGUCGACGGCGCCUUACGAGCACGUCACCAAGAGGAGCAACAAGAGCGAGGAUGCAUGGGAAUUACCUGUGGAUGGGAUUUAUCGUGAUAAUUCAAUGCAUCUUAGAGGGUGUGAGUGGUGGUUGACGCAGUAAGAAAAUUAUUGUUACGAAUAAAUCCCCCGUCGAUAUUGUCGUACCUUCGAUCAAUCGGACGGAUGGUAAAGAGUUUGUGUAUUUAAAUAAGAAUGAAAAUGUAUUUUUUGUGUACAUUUCUUUAGCGAGUAAUUGAGUGAAAUAAUUUUUUUUUAAUUUUUUUAUUAACAUAUCACGUUAAUACAAUUCAAAUUUAUUUAAAUCUAAUUGAAAGCCUCUCGUUCGGCUCAUCGGUAACGUUUAUUAUUAUUGCUAUUUAUUGUCAUUAGAGAUCUUCAAUAUACAUGCGCAAUAUUUCAUAUUUAAUUUAUAAUAUUUCUUUAUUUCUUGAACAUAUCACGUUAGUACAGUUUAAAAAUUGAUUAAAAAUUUAAUUGAAAGCUUCUCAUUCAUAGAAAAUUGUAUUAAUAAUUGCAUUAUUUUUUGAUAAUAAUAAUGUCAGGAGAAAAUUUGGUGUAGACAACUGUUGUCAUGAGAGCCCUUGUAUCAAACGUGGAGAGUUAAAUUACACAAAACUCUACUUUACCAACUAAAAUAGAGUCUAAUGCAUUUAUAAUAUUUAUAUUUAAGUUUCGUGAUAAAUUUCACAUAAUGUAUUAAAUUAUAAUUUACAGUUCGACCAAAAGAUGGUUUUGUAUAAAAACAAAAUAAAUUAAAAUAUAUUUUACAUUAAACAUU